GCGCGGGGCGCGGGGCGCGGCCCCCUCCGCCUGCGAGCGGCCCGAGACCGGCGCCCGAGGGCCCCGCAACGGGCGGGUGUCCACCGCAGGAUGUACACGCUGCUGUCCGGCCUGUACAAGUACAUGUUCCAGAAGGACGAGUACUGCAUCCUCAUCCUGGGCCUGGACAACGCCGGGAAGACGACCUUCCUGGAACAGUCCAAGACCCGGUUCAGCAAGAACUACAAGGGGAUGAGCCUGGCCAAGAUCACCACUACCGUGGGCCUCAACAUCGGCACCGUGGACGUGGGAAAGACGCGCCUCAUGUUCUGGGACCUCGGGGGACAGGAGGAGCUUCAGUCCCUGUGGGACAAGUAUUAUGCCGAGUGUCAUGGCGUCAUCUAUGUCAUCGACUCCACCGAUGAGGAGAGGCUGCCCGAGUCCAAGCAGGCGUUUGAGAAAGUGGUGACGAGCGAGGCACUGGAGGGGGUCCCUGUGCUGGUGCUGGCUAACAAGCAAGAUGUGGAGCCGUGCCUCUCCAUCCCUGAUAUCAAGACUGCACUAAGUGACUGCACCUGCAAGAUCGGUCGGCGGGACUGCCUGACCCAGGCCUGUUCUGCCCUCACCGGCAAAGGGGUACGUGAGGGCAUCGAGUGGAUGGUGAAGUGCGUCGUACGGAACAUCCACCGGCCGCCACGGCAGAGGGACAUCACCUAGCUGCAGCACUCCAUGUCACCGACAUGCCGUCACCCUUGGCUGGGCCUGCCUUUCCCUGUGUCUGCCUCAUUUGCUCUAAGACAAACUCUGGAACAGCACAGAUACCAUGGCUCUGGACCCCAGGGUGUGCUGGGUGGCGGCUGGCCAGAGCAGCAGAGGCCCAUUAAUCGUGCAGGUGGACUGGUGACUGGACCUGCCGUGAACACAGCCCUCACGGCCUCAGACAGGAGUCCCUUCCGCUCACUGGCUCCCCUGGUGAGGCCAGGUCAGGUUGUGCCUGGAGGUCCUGGAGGAACAGCU